AUGAAGAAAGAAGAAGUGGUUGAGUCUUGGGAAGACGACGAUGCUUCUUCGCCUGUCGAAGAUGACUGCAAUACUCGAACACCUGUCGAAGGAAUGGGCCUCUCGUUGAAACCGUCCGAGUCCGCAGACCCUGCAUUGCGUCCGCCGCCUCCUACUCCCAUUGCCCCUGGAAACGGUGCACAGUACAUUGACUGGUCACCUGCUCAAGUCCUUGGGGGAGGCCGUCCCAGCACCAGGCCUUAUACCCCUCCCGAAGCAUCCACUCCACAGUCUGACUCUGAUCGAGAUCGACGGAGACCAGAGAAGACCACAGCCACCGCUAGUCGAAUGAUUGCCUCAGGGUUAGGGAUGAAAGCUCCUAAGAAGACCGAGGAACAAAAACAGUAUGACCGAGCGGUUAGGGAACAGGAGAUGAAACGAAGGAGUAAGGAGAAGGAGGAGAGGGAGCGCGAAAGAGAGGCAGAUGAAAAGGCAAAAGCCGCAGUUUGGGACGAUUGA